AUGGCUCAUAUUCAACUUUUAGAUGAACUUGUUAGGGAGUAUUUGUUGUUUAGAGGAUUUACUAUAACAUUGAAAUCAUUUGAUGCUGAAUUGAAGGUAGAUAAGGAUAGAGGGUUCAGGGUGGAUAGAAUCGUCGACCAAUUCGUGAUAUUUAUUAAUAACUAUGAUCUACAGUCAUUGAGAGAUCUUUGGACACACUUUGAUCAAAAAAUAUUUACAAAGUUGGAAUAUGAGUUUAUACCAGGAGUUAGAAAAUUGGAAAGUUCACUUCUGAAGUAUUAUUUGGCUAAUGCCAUUACUAACAACAAGUCAGAUAAAGUCGUUGAUUUUUUCACUAAGAUGACACCGGAAAUUCAGGGUCAUCCAGAAUGGAAGGAUUGGUUUAUAUUGCCGUUUAUUAAGAAUCCAGAAGACCAUCCUGUAUUCUCAGUUCAUUUUACAAAACAGUGGCAGGAUGCUUUUUUGGUUUCACUUCAUAAUUUCCUGGCAAUCAUAUAUCAAGUCAUGCCGCAACCUGUUUUGGCUAGUUAUGAAGAAGAAGCAACAAAACUGAGACGCUUACAAGAAGAAAAUGAAGCUUUAAAACAUAAGCUGUCUGCUCUUGGUCAAGUAUCAAAUAUUGUCCCUGAUGCUGUACCUCCUAUGGAUAUUAUGGAUGAUUUUUAUAUUAUAGCUCAGGAAACACCAAGCAGUGGUGAAUCUCAGGGUAAAAUAUUGAAAAACUUUAUUAGAACUAUCGGUGGAGGUAUUCCCACAAGUCCAAUAUUGGGAAGAAAACCACAGUCUCAUGUGGAUGAAUCAGGUGGAGUUCAAAAACAUCAUUCUAGCAAAAGGAGCCAUGCAAGUCAAGCUUCAUGGAUAAAAUACGGCAAUAGUACUUUUUUCAAUUUUAGUGCAGAAUCUGUUCCUAAACGAUCUCUUUCAUUGGAUUCUCGUUCUCGAAAAGGACAUAGAGACGUUUCUACUGAAAAUGACAAAAGGAAUGCUAAGAAUGAUAAUUUUUUAAUGCUUAGUCAAGAACAGAUGAGUGAACAUAAAGUGUCCAUUAUGCAAUGCAAGUUUAACAUUAAUGGCACAUUAGUUGCUAGUAGUGAUACAGAUGGCGUUCUUAAGGUCUGGUCACCUUCUCCAACUCUAAGUAUUGUUUCUAGUUUUCACUUCAGUACUCCUAUCUCAGCACUGUGUUGGCUCAAGAAUGAGAGGUUCUUUUUAUCUGGAAGUGUUGAUGGAAUACUGAGAUUUCAUGAUGCUAAGGACAAUAAAAUUAUUUGGGAACUUGUUCCUGAUGAGUCGAGUGUUCUAAAAGAUUCCAAGAUUAUAACUCUUUGCUGUAACCACACAGAAAGACAUUUUGCCUGCACUGCUUUAAAUGAAGCUAAAAAAGAAGCCAAAUUACUUGUGUACGAUAUUAAAACACAUAAGUUAGAGCAAGCCUAUAGUGUUGGUGAAGGUGGACCAGAUUUGACAGUAAAUUGUGCUGUUUUCAAUCAUAAUGGAAGUCUUCUCAUAGCUGGUUGUUCAGAUGGUACGGUACGAAUACUUGAUAUUCGGAAUGGAGACUGUCUACAGAAACGCCUUGUUCAUGAUGGGCCUAUCGCUGGUUUAGAUAUUGCUCAAGACCAUAACACUUUCUAUACGUUCGGUUCAGACCAUAAGCUCUGUCGUCAUAAUUUGGCACAAUUAAAUCCGGAGCCUGUUUGGACUGCUACUUUGCCUGGUUGUUCUACACAACAUGGAACCCAGUGUUUUUCUCUUCAUCAAAAUGGAAAACAUGUACUUAUAGCUUGUGGUGAAAAUGGAACCAACAUUUAUCAGAUAACCAAUUGUGGUCUUCAGUUGAUGCUACACCUGCGAGAUCAUAAAAGUCCCCUGACAGCAUGCGAUUGGUCCACUGCUAAUCAAUGUGCUACAUGCAUUUCUGCUGCCAGUGAUGGAAUCAUAAGAAUAUCAACAAUUUUAACUCCUUAG